CUCGCUCGCGCUCCCCCUCGCGCACACAUGGUCGGCUCGCGGCAAAGUUUCGUCCGCGGUCUCCACUCCGGGAUCCUACUGCAGGGUUCGCGGCUGUAACCUUGAACUUUCCCAGCGCGGUGACACACUCUCCUCGCCUUCCCUGCCCGCCCUCCCGCGCCCCCCUCCCCGCCUUUUUUACAAAAGCAUUUCACCACUAACUAACACCCCAUCCAACCCACACCAAACCUUCGCACACCCCUAAGGCCCCCAACAACAACUGCAAACCAGAAAACAAAUCCCCAAACCUAGGCGAAAAGCAGCCAGCACCGGAGGCGGCGGCCUCGGAGAGCUCGGCCGGCGCGGACGGCAGGAGGGUUGAGAGUGUAGAUUGGAUUUCACCCCGGGAAAUCCAGCACGCCGACUGAACUUGAAUCUUUGGCUAUUUAAGGAGGACUGGGUUUGUGGUGAAGUUGCAGUGAUCCGGCGCACAGCCCCGUCCUGAUUGAUCGCAUCGCUGGGCUCAGAUGUCUAAAAUGAAUAGAUGAAAUUCUGGCUUCUCGAAGAUUUUCUUGGGCAUCUCCGGGAAAGUGCGUUUUAAGGCGAAGUCAUGAUGUAUUCUCCCAUCUGUCUCACUCAGGAUGAAUUCCACCCAUUCAUCGAGGCACUCCUUCCACAUGUCCGUGCAAUUGCCUAUACUUGGUUCAACCUGCAGGCUCGAAAACGCAAGUACUUUAAAAAGCAUGAGAAACGAAUGUCAAAGGAUGAAGAAAGAGCAGUGAAAGAUGAACUGCUCAGUGAAAAGCCUGAAAUCAAGCAGAAGUGGGCAUCCAGGCUCUUGGCCAAACUGCGCAAAGAUAUCCGCCAGGAGUACCGGGAGGACUUUGUGCUCACCGUGACUGGCAAGAAGCACCCGUGCUGUGUCUUAUCCAAUCCCGACCAGAAGGGUAAGAUUAGGAGGAUCGACUGCCUCCGACAGGCAGACAAAGUCUGGCGUCUGGAUCUAGUCAUGGUGAUCCUGUUCAAAGGCAUCCCUUUGGAGAGUACCGAUGGAGAGCGGCUUAUGAAGUCCCCACACUGCACAAACCCAGCACUUUGUGUCCAGCCACACCAUAUCACAGUGUCAGUUAAGGAACUCGACUUGUUUUUGGCAUACUACGUACAGGAGCAAGAUUCUGGACAAUCAGGAAGUCCAAGCCACAACGAUCCUGCCAAGAAUCCUCCAGGAUACCUAGAAGACAGUUUUGUAAAAUCUGGAGUCUUCAAUGUGUCAGAACUUGUGAGGGUUUCCAGAACACCCAUAACCCAGGGAACUGGAGUCAACUUCCCAAUUGGAGAAAUCCCGAGUCAACCAUAUUAUCAUGACAUGAACUCUGGUGUGAACCUUCAGAGGUCGCUGUCUUCUCCACCAAGCAGCAAAAGACCUAAAACUAUAUCCAUAGAUGAAAAUAUGGAACCAAGCCCUACAGGAGACUUUUAUCCCUCUCCGAAUUCACCAGCUGCUGGAAGUCGAACAUGGCAUGAGAGAGAUCAAGAUAUGUCUUCUCCAACUACAAUGAAGAAGCCUGAAAAGCCAUUGUUCAGCUCUACAUCUCCACAAGAUUCUUCCCCAAGACUGAGCACUUUCCCCCAGCACCACCAUCCCGGAAUACCUGGAGUUGCACACAGUGUCAUCUCAACUCGAACUCCGCCUCCACCCUCGCCGUUGCCAUUUCCAACACAAGCUAUCCUUCCUCCAGCUCCAUCCAGCUACUUUUCUCAUCCAACAAUCAGAUAUCCUCCCCACCUGAAUCCUCAGGAUACUCUGAAGAACUAUGUACCUUCUUAUGACCCGUCCAGUCCUCAAACCAGCCAGCCUAACAGCAGUGGUCAAGUAGUAGGGAAAGUGCCUGGCCAUUUCACUCCUGUCUUGGCACCCUCUCCCCAUCCCAGUGCAGUGCGACCUGUGACCCUGACCAUGACAGAUACUAAACCCAUCACUACAUCCACUGAAGGUGAGGCAGCUUCACCUACAGCAACCACCUACACAGCCUCAGGCACAUCUCAAGCCAAUCGAUAUGUGGGACUAAGCCCAAGAGACCCAUCCUUCCUACAUCAGCAACAGCUGAGGAUUUGUGACUGGACCAUGAAUCAAAACGGCAGGCAUUUAUACCCCAGUACCAGUGAGGAUACAUUGGGAAUUACUUGGCAAAGUCCUGGUACCUGGGCUAGCUUGGUUCCUUUCCAAGUGUCAAAUAGGACACCCAUCCUACCGGCAAAUGUCCAAAAUUAUGGUUUGAACAUAAUUGGAGAACCUUUCCUUCAAGCAGAAACGAGCAACUGAGGGAAAAGGAAAUGCAACAAUAGUUUAAGAAAUUUAGGGGAAAAAAAAUCAAAACAAAAAGCAAAAAAAGGAAAAGAGGAAGACGGGACAAAACAAAGGGAGAAGGGAGAGAAAAUGAAGAAAGAAGAUGAUAGACCAGCAACUGCAGCACUUACAAUCACUAAUUCCCUUAAGGUUGAAACUAUAAUGACAUUCAAGGGUCGAUGAUAUUUCACUGAUGGUAGAUCGCAGCCCCUGCAACGUAGCCUUUGUUACAUGAAGUCCGCUGGGAAAUAGAUGUUCUGUCUCUAUGACAAUAUAUUUUAACUGACUUUCUAGAUGCCUUAAUAUUUGCAUGAUAAGCUAGUUUUCUUGGUUUAGUCUUCUUGUUGUUUACGCAUGGAAUCACUGUUCCGGUUAUCUCACCAACAAAGGCUAGGAGGCAGCGCCAAAGGUGCUGGAGAGCCACGAGCCAGCCAUUUUAUAAGCACUCUGAUUUCUAAAAGUUAAAAAAUAUAUAAAAUCUCUGUAGCCUUUAGUUAUCAGUACAGAUUUAUUGAAUUUUGGCCCUUAACCCAGCCUUUCCCAGUGUGUAACCCAGUUUGGAAUCUUCAAAAAAAAAAAAAAAAAAAAAAAAAAAAAAAAAAAAAAAAAAAAAAAAAAAAAAAAAAAAAAGAAAAAAAAUGAAAAAAAAGAAAAAUAGAAAAAAAAAACCAAAAAACAGUUUGAACUCAAAGGCUCUAUGGAAGAAAUGCCUCUAUGUAGGUAAAGUGUUAUCUCUGCAUGCAACAGUAAAAAUUAAUAUAAUAUUUUCCCCACAAAAGAAACACUUAACAGAGGCAAGUGCAAUUUAUAAAUUUAUAUCUAAAGGGGAAUCAUGAUUAAAGUCCUUUAGCCCUUGGACUCUAAAUUGAGGGGAUUAAAAAGAAUUUAAAAUAAUUUUGAACGAAUUUAUUUCCCCCUCAGUUUUGAGGGCAUUUAAGAAGGCAUUGAAUCAAGACAGAUCAUGUGCUCGAGGAAAAAUGAAUGAAAACACAGCACUUAUGUCGGUGGCUUAGCUGCAGCCUCCCUGGAGGUCGAGUUAUUUAUUUAAAAUUACUGGUUGCAUCAAGAACCCAUAGGGUGUACAAAAGGUUCUAUAAAAUCUGCAUUCUAGAGACAAAGAGGCAGGCAAAUCCAUGUCACCAGGGUAAAACUUACAGUUUACAAACUGGGAACGCCAGGGUGUAGGAUAUAAAAACGCACUCUUGAGGAAGCAAGUGUCAUCAGGGUGCUGGAAACUUGCAUGGUGCUUACAGACAUUAGCCUUGUUCAACAAAUUUCUUGUAUUGACAGAUCCAUAGUGUGCAUGGGCAGACACAUGUUGCCUCUAUGUCUCUUAAAAUUUUAAUUAAAAAUAAUCUUUCCAGUAAUCCUAAUUUGCACGAAGAUAUAAUGUCCACAUUACGUGCCUUGCCUUGAAAUCUAGAAAACAAAAGACAAAAAAACACAAAAAAAAACACAAAAAGUGACAUCACUACACUUGUUUUGCUGCAUUUAUUAUCAUUUUAAAUCUUUACCAUUUUUAUGACAAAAUAUUUUGUACUCCAGACGAAGAAAAAUGUGUGACAUCAUGGAUUUUUUAGACAGUUAUACCUUUAUCUCACAUUUAUAAAGCAUAUCAUGGCUGUGUAUAGUUGCCGCUUAAAAAUUGUAAUCGACCAGCAAUAUUUUCAGUAUUUUGGUGUUUUUUCUAUUAACCUUUCAUGUUUUUCAUCUUCCAAUUAAUAUUUGGGGGGAGGGUUUCAAAUUUAUACGAAUUAUGCAAUACCAAGUUUGCCUAUGUGGGUAGUGCUCUUAGCUGUAUUGGUUAUAAUAGGUAAGUACACAGAUUUAAAAAAAAUAAUGUAUGCUUUUUUUGUUUGUUUGUUGUUUGUUUUAAUUGACCAAAGUGGGUACUGCUAUUUUUGCAGUGUGAUGAGGUCCUUUUGUGUACUGAGAGAUGGACAGGGGAUUUUUUUUUUAAUAUACAUAUAUAUAUAUAUUCUGGGGCGGGUGGGAGGAUUUUUAACACUUUACAGUGUAGCUGUGAAGCACUGCACCCCGAGGUGGGCCUGGGCUGCAAAGCGAUCAUUCUGCCUACUGUGACAAGUUUCAAUUUACACAGGUUUCCCUCUCUACUUUCUCACCUGGGGUGCAAGCCGAACUCAUUUCUGAUUUUCAAGAUAACAAAUUAGGAGGAACAAGCAAACACAAUAAAUCCUCCUAGAGGCAGACUUGGCUUAGAAGAACUGUCUUAUCUUAUUUUAGUUGUUGUUGAUAGUUUUUCUUAAAAGUUCCAAAUCCACAGUGGAAAGUGAGCCUGUCUCAUACUUGGCAAAGACAUUGCUUCAAAUGUCCACAGAGCGGAUGUUGGCUGUUUCACAGUUUUGAGGUUUAACACAGGAAUAUGCUUUCUCCUACCAAGCACAUUCAGCCAGCUGGAGGGAGUGCGCCCAUAUUCUUUCCCAGCCCUGUUUCAUUUUGUUAAUGACAGGAUAUGAUUUACCUGUGACUUACUACUUCAGAUGAAUGGCAGUGCACUUGGGAUUUUGUUUUUCAAUAUCCAGAAGAUUGACUAGAGAGAGAGGAUUGCUGUUAUUGAAUGUAUUUGGACUGAUAGAUUAAAAUCAAAGUUCAAUUUUUAAGGAACAAAAAUAAAUAAAUCUUGUUUUUAUUUUACCCACCCUUAUAAACUGAAAAGUAGAACAGAAUUUUAAGAAAUUAAUUUUCCUGUGGAUGAAUUAAACCUAUUAGAUAAUGAGAUUUGUUUUGAAGGGAUAGUACUUCAAAUAUAUAUUUGGGUUAAUUUCCCCUGAGGGCUAGAGGUGAAUGGAGGCUGAUUUUAUUUUGUCCUCCCCUCACCCCCACCCAGUCCUGUUGAGUGAAUUCAUUGCUAGAGGGAGACUCUUUCAAAAUUAGGAACACACAGUAGGCCACAUAGAGUAGCCCGUGACCCCCGCCCCCCCAGGCCAUGGCCUAAUAAGAUAAACUGUCAGUUGUCCUCACAGCAGAUCAUUUAAUGAUGAAUACAUUAGAACAAUGCUUAUAGGCCUAAGAAUUGUUUCUGAUUCAUCCACUCAGUUUGAUGGCCCAAAUGCUGGAUAGCACAGUGGGAUCCUAGGACCCAGGUUCCUAAGGAAGUGCCACCAUGUCUGGGACGCCCUGCAGACAGCAGAGCCUCUCAGCCAGGCUCUGCAUGUAUCUCUGGCCUGUUAGGUGAAGAACACAGCCCCACAGGACACACAGUAUUCUUUCUGGGCAGACUCACUCUCCUUUUUGCUAGUGAAUGAGGAAUUCUAGCUAAAUUAAAUAUCGUGCUGUGGGUAUUCCUGCCUGCCUCUUGGAUACAAAGGCCUAGUAUGAGUGUUGACUUUUUUCAACCAGUUUUUCUUCUUUCCUUUUGUGAUAAAUCUCUUGAAAGUACUACUAUAUAUAAUCUCAAAUCCAUUUUUUAGCCUCUUCUUUUUUUUUUUUUUAAACCAGGAAGUAUACUCUGAUGAGGGGCCCCACUUUUGCAGAUCUUGCACGCCCCUUCCUUACCCAGCGCUGCAGAGCUUUCAGGAUGGGGACGGUCACUCAAGGGCGCCUGUCUCUACAGGUGUGGUGGUGUCUCUGGCCACCAGCUCAUGGCACUGUCCAGCCUUCGUUGCGUUGCUUUGCAGCCCACCACUCACAGUGCCUCUGAAGUGUGUUUCCCUGGAGUGACGUGAGCAGUUGAGGCUUGCCUAAGGAAAAAUCCUGAGGGGCAGUGAAGGAGACUGUACAUAAAGACAUGGCAAAACCUUAAUUAUAGCAAUAUAGUUAUCGGGUAAUGUUCGGGUGGGCAGCUCCAUUAAAAAGUAUGUGAAUGGAUCUGUGAAGCUGCGAGAGGAAGAAGAGAGGUCUUCUGAAUGAACCGCCUACCUUGUAGACAGUAAUUUGUACACUGUAUAGUUUUGUUAAGAAUUUUUUUUAAAUUAAAAUGCCCAUGUUUGUAAAGCUAACUUUUUAACAAUUAUAAUGGAACUGUAUGUUGUUUCCAUUUUUAAAGUAAACAAGAAUAUUCCUUGUUUAGAGACUGGACUUGAGUUAAAACUCUCCAGGCUCAUAAGUUAUGUAUUAAAAAGAAAUCUGUCCAUGUUAGGAGAUAUUUCACAGAUUCCUGUGCUUGAAAAGCACAGGACACUAAUCCUUUAAAAAAGUGUAAAUGGAGAAAAGUUAUAUUUUAUGAAGGUUAUUUUGUUGUAUUUAGUAUUGGAAAAGUUGGUUUUCAGAGCAUUUCAGAAUGUCGGAAGCACCACUGUCUUUUUAUUAGUAUAUAAGGCCUUUAGCAAAAAGUUUUUGUGAUUAUUACAUGAUGGUAUUUAAGGUUAAGUUUCACAGAGCAUUCAGGAUAGGCAGAAAACAAACAGUGCUAUGUCUCAACAUGAGGUGUCCUCAGGGAGCAGAAUCUUGGAUUUGUGACUUGUAGGUUCAUAAGGACUCGACGAAAGAGAUUGCACGGGAACAUCUUCAGCGGUGUGAAGCAGGACGUGUUCUCUACCUAGACUCAGAGUCUAUGUACUGUGUGAAACAAUGAAGGCUGCAGAAGCCGGCCGUAUUCAGUGUACAGUAUUCAUUCUCAAUGAAACAACUCUACAAUAUUGCUGGCAGAUAGGCCCCAAGCAUGACAUUCAGUAUAGUUUACAUGUUCCUGUCAAGGUCUUUUGUUAACAUUAACCAGCUGCAUGCUUCCUGGACAUUAAGAAUUUGGGUUUCUAUAGAAAACUUUUUAAAAUGUGCAGGCUAUUCAAGUCCAACAGUAAAAACUCAAAAUUGAAUGUUCUGCUCCGUGCUGAAGGAGCUGAAAGCUGCCUUCUUCAUAUUUUGCACUUUCUGGUAGUUCCCCUGUUUUUUCUAAUUCCUUAAAAUUGUGCGGGUGGAGUGGAGCCCUGCACUUGGGGGGGGGGAGUAAUAUGGACCACUGAUUUUGCCCUUUGACCCUGCACAAUGACCUUUGCAUCAGCCAAACUCAUUGCCAUGACAACUCUUUGUACUGUGUCCGUGCCACAGAUCUGUUGGUCACAUUGUUAAUAGUAAAGGGGACAAGUUGGAGACGGUCAAUUUUUACAUUUUUUUGUUGCAAUUUUUCUUCAAUGGUUGUAAGUAGUUUGGUUUGUUUUGUUUUGUUUUUUAAAUAAUGAAAGGGUUCAGUAGUUAAUACUCUUUAGAAAUAUCUG